AUGCUUGUUCCUCUCUGCUUUAUGGUAUCGCUUGCGGCGGCUGCCGCCACUUCUCGAUCUUGCUCUCUGAACAAAAUGGAGAAUCUCGUCAUGUUUGGCGAUAGCUAUACUGACGAAAGUCGACUAGCGUACUUUUUCGCCAAGAGCAAAGCACCGCCUCUCGGCCAGAUGACAGCAGAAAGCAACCAGACUUCAGGCGGUGGAAAGGUCUGGGGAAGGGUCAUUGGAGACACAACUGGAGCUAGACUCUACGACUAUGCUGUUGGCGGUGCCAUGUGUACCAAUAAUGUCACAAGCCACUGGAUGGAACAGAUAAAGGGACCGUUCCCAUCUGUGUUGGACUAUGAGAUUCCAACCUUUAAAGCCGAUCUCGCCUACAAGGACCUGUAUCCAGAUCGCAAGUGUAGCAACACAGUGUACUCGCUUUGGAUUGGAACCAAUGACCUUGGAAUUGACGGCUUUCUGGGCGACAAGAAUGUAGCCGGCACGAGCCUACCAGACUAUGUCGAUUGCGCUUGGACAACCUUUGACAAAAUCUACGAAACCGGCGGCCGACACUUUGUACUCCUUAACAACGCUCCCCUAGAGCUCUCUCCCAUGUACGCUGCGCCUGAGAAUGGCGGCACAAGAAACAAUGGUUACUGGCCCAACAAGGUGGACUACAACAUGACAGAGUACCAGUACAAAAUGUUUGAAUACACAAUGGGCACCAAUCGCAUGUUUGACGACGGCGCGGCCAUCAACUCGAUUCUCAAGACGCGAUGGCCUGGAGCUUCGCUUGCUGUAUUCAAUGUUCACCAGCUGAUCAAGGAUAUACACGCCAAUCCAAAGGCAUACCUAACCGAGCCAUAUGAGGUUACCAAGUGCUUCACGGAUGAUCAAGCCGCCGGCCAUCCUCUAUCCAGCUACCUCUGGUAUGAUCCUGUCCACCCCUCGGCAAGAGUCGACGAAAUCAUUGCGACUACGUUUAUCGGCGUUGUGAAGGGUGACUCAAAGUACGCUACGUAUUACUCGUGUUAG